CCUCAUUAAAAAAUCAAAAAAUUUGUACAAUGGUUAACGCAAUACCUUCUGUGAUUUUUAUUACAUUUUGCGCAUUGCCCAUAGCUUUGCACUAUUUUAUUAACAGGAAAUACAAAAAACUUUUGGCCAACUUGAACUUAAAAGAUGAAGAUUACUACCACCAAUGUUUAUUUAUAGACAUGAAGAACUUUAAAUGUAAGCAACACUUAAUAAAUAAAGACGAAUGCUGUGAUCAUUGCUCUUACAAUCAUCUGAAGACUUUAAUUAAUUUUAUAUCUAGUGCCAAACUAAGUAUUUGUUUGUGUAUGUAUACACUGACAUUGAAGCAGAUCAAUGUCGAGUUGAUAAAAGCUCAUAAAAGAGGAGUAAACCUCCGAAUAAUCACGGAUCAAGUGAUGCUAAGGACUGAAACUGCCAAAUUUAAUUUUGCCAAAUUAAAGGAUAACGGAAUUCCAUUUAAAGUCCAGCCUUCCGAUCAUAGUAUGAUGCAUCACAAAUUUUGUUUAAUUGAUAAGGAUGAUAAAAGUAGCGCUAAAAUGUUUUUCGGCACUAUGAAUUUAACGGGGCAAGGACUCGUUUCGAAUUUCGAAAAUGUUAUUCUAACCAAUAACCGGAACAUGAUAGAGAGAUUUAGCCAGGAGUUUGAGGAGUUGUGGGGAGAUUUUUAGAUGUAUUUUUAUAGAAAUUCAUAUAUUUGUAUAACAUAUGUACAACUCUAAAUGUAGGCUGCAAAUUGUCGGUAUCGUUUUACU